AUGUUAGGGGGCUAUCUGGGUUGGAUUCCACUUCUGUUUAAGCCGCUGGCCGAGUAUUAUAUUCCGCCCAUUCAGCCUCAAGCUCGCUUACGUACCGAGAACCGGCCUUGGCAGGAUAUUAUCACCGGUCUCUAUGGCGUGCCUCCUUUGAUUAAGAUCCAUGAUCGAGAAGGCACCGUGAAAUGGAAGUUUGAACGUGACGAUGUGCAUCAGAAGCUUCCCCCAGCCCUACAACGCUGCUUCGAUCUCGCACUAGUCAUCAAUCAUACUCCGGAUGAUCCAACGAUAGACAAGCAAAUCACCUUUGCGGUCUGCAGAGAUAACGAAUUUCUGUGGAAUGCACAUAGCGUAGAACCAUUACCCGGGGAUCUGCUAGCCGUCGCGACCACCGGGCAGCGUCCCUGGGAUGGCAUUCUUGUGUAUAAUGCUAGCACAGCCAACCCGCUGGUCGAUGAGCCGCCGGUGCUGCAGAAUAUCACUGGUCUCCGGGCAAUCCAUACCAUGAUCUAG